AUGGGGUCAAAGUUUCAUGCUUUUAUGUACCCAUUGUUUGGUUUUGGUCAUAUGAUUCCUUAUCUACAUCUAGCUAACAAAAUAGCUGAGAAAGGUCAUAGGGUCACUUUCUUGGUUCCCAAGAAAGCUCAGAAACAACUCGAACCUCUCAAUCUGUUCCCAGCCAGCAUUAUCUUCUACCCUGUCACUCUUCCUCAUGUCGAUGGUCUCCCUGUUGGCGCAGCGACAACGUCAGAUAUCCCAAACUCGUCUCAGAGAGUCUUCUCUCAAGCUAUGGAUCUUUUACGCGAUCAGAUCGAAGCUAAGGUUCGUGCUUUAAAACCAGAUCUGAUUUUCUUCGAUUUUGUUGACUGGGUUCCAGAAAUGGGGAAAAAGUUAGGAGUCAAGAGUGUGAGUUACCAGAUCGUAUCGGCAGCUUGUAUAGCUAUGUUUCUUGCACCUAGUGCUGAAUUAGGGUUUCCUACACCGGGUUAUCCUUCACCAAAAGUGGCGUUACGUGGAUACGACGCUAACCUAUACUCUCACUUCACAAAUACCCGCAAAUUUCUUUUUGAUCGAGUCACCAAAGGCCUUAAGAGUUGCGAUGUCAUUGCCAUAAGGACGUGUGCAGAAAUCGAAGGUAAAUUAUGCGGUUUCAUUGAAAGAGAAUGUCAGAGAAAGGUUCUUUUGUCCGGUCCAAUGUUCCCUGAGGCGCAAGACAAGAGUAGUAAACAACUAGAAGGUCGAUGGAAUCAUUGGUUGAAUGGAUUCGAACCAGGCUCGGUAGUGUUUUGUGCGUUUGGCACACAUUUCUUUUUCGAAAAAGAUCAAUUUCAAGAACUCUGUUUAGGAAUGGAGCUAACGGGUUUACCGUUUUUAAUAGCGGUUAUGCCGCCAAGAGGCUCAUCAACGGUUCAAGAAGCGUUACCAGAAGGGUUCGAAGAGCGGGUUAAAGGGCGUGGAAUCGUUACAGGAGAAUGGGUGGAACAACCUUUGAUAUUGUCUCAUCAAUCAGUAGGUUGCUUUGUUAACCAUUGUGGAUCCGGUACAUUGUGGGAAUCUUUGGUUAGUGAUUGCCAAAAUGUGUUUAUUCCGCAAUUGGCUGAUCAAGUUCUCGCCACAAGAUUGUUCGCUGAAGAUCUCGAGGUCUCUGUGAAGGUGCAGAGAGAUGAAGUUACCGGAUGGUUCUCAAAGGAGGGCUUGAGAGAUGCGGUUAAAUCCGUGAUGGAUAAAGAUAGUGAGAUUGGGAAGAUAGUGAAGAGGAACCAUACGAAGUUGAAAGAGACAUUGCUUAGUCCUGGACUUUUGAGUGGUUAUGCUGAUAAGUUUGUUGAAGCAUUGGAGAAUGAAGUCAACAAUACAAAAUCGUUCUGA